UGCAGCACAGAGUCGGGCAGAGAGAGAGCUGAACUGGACAGUUUGGAUGAAGAAGGAGCCAGAGACCAAGUGAACACAGCAAUGACUCCUGCUGUAUCCAAGAGAGAGUGGUUGGAGCAGCAGAGAGCCCAGUUGAAGGACUACAGGCGUGGAGGCAGCCUGCGGAACAAACCCAGAAUAAGUUACACUGAGGAGGAGGAACCCAAAGAUGAAGACUACUUCUUCUGUGAGGAUUGUGAAGAUUUCUUCAUAGAGGAGUGCUGGAUCCACGGCCCCCCCAUCUUCAUCCCUGACACCCCGGCACCAGUGGGGGUCCCAGACCGAGCCAGACUCACCCUGCCCCCUGGAUUGGAGGUCAACAAGUCCCACAUCCCCAACGCAGGACUGGGGGUCUUCAACCGGGGCCAGGAGAUAGCCAGAGGAACUCACUUUGGACCCUACGAGGGACAAGUCAUGGACAAGGAGCAGGCCAUAGAGAGCGGAUACUCAUGGGUGAUUUACAAGAGCCGCCAUACAGAUGAGUACGUAGAUGCGAAGAAGGAAACUCAUUCCAAUUGGAUGAGGUAUGUAAACUGCGCUCGUAACGGUGAGGAGCAGAAUCUGGUGGCGUUUCAGUACAGAGGAGGGAUUGUGUAUCGCUGCUGUCGGCCCAUUAUUGCUGGAGAAGAACUGCUGGUCUGGUAUGGAGACGACUACGCUAAAGAACUGGGCAUCACAUUCGACUACCUCUGGGAUGUCAAGAGCAGCGCUAAAGAGGAGUCGGCGUCUCAGGUGUUCUCCUGUUCUCUGUGUCCGUUCGCCUAUACAGCUCAAAUCUACCUGCACAAGCACAUCAAGAGAAGUCACCCAGACGAGUAUGUGCGUCUGCUGAGGUCUGGAGAGAUCAGACCAGAGACUUUCAUACCGUCUGGAGGAAGAAACCAACACACACAGCAAACCACAACUGCGGCGUCCAGACCAGUCACACAGCCGUCUUCAGAACAGCAAGGAGCACAUGAGCAGACACGACAGCAGAACACCCAAGCAAGGGAGAAGAAACACCACUGCACUCAGUGUGGCAAGAGUUUCACUCAACAGGGAUCUUUAAAAGUACACCAGCGCACUCACACAGGAGAGAGGCCGCAUCACUGCACUCAGUGUGGCAAGAGUUUCACUAGAGAGGGAUCUUUAAAAGCACACCAGCGCACUCACACAGGAGAGAGGCCGUAUCACUGCAGUCAGUGUGGCAAGAGUUUCACUAGAGAGGGAUCUUUAAAAGCACACCAGCGCACUCACACAGGAGAGAGGCCGCAUCACUGCACUCAGUGUGGCAAGAGUUUCACUAGAGAGGGGCAUUUAAAACGACACCAGCGCACUCACACAGGAGAGAGGCCGUAUUACUGCAUUCAGUGUGGCAAGAGUUUUACUCAAGGGGGAGAUUUAAAAACACACCAGCGCACUCACACAGGAGAGAGGCCGUAUCACUGCAGUCAGUGUGGCAAGAGUUUCACUCAGGAGGGGCAUUUAAAACGACACCAGCGCACUCACACAGGAGAGAGGCCGUAUCACUGCAGUCAGUGUGGCAAGAGUUUCACUUGGUCUGGUAAAUUAAAGACACACAAGUGUUCUCACAGUAAAGAGCCCUAAUCACUCUCCUGCUGAAUAAAGAUCUUGAUGUUGCGUCCACCAGGGCAACAUGCCAAUAAACAAGACUGUCAUUCAAAUAUUCACCAACCCGGAACUCAUUUUUAACUGACCAUUUUAACUGACUUUGGUAACUGGCUCUUUUGUUGAGCGUUUUAAUUGUUGAACUGAUUUUUAAUAUUGUGAUUUGAUGUAUGUGAG